GUUUUCACAUUUGCCAUACUAGGAGGAAUUCAAUAAAUUCCGCUGCGGGAGCGUUAUUGCCGUAAAAGAUUCCAAAAAGCAAGAAGAACCACGUCCAAUCUCUCUCCUAGGGAAAAAUACGAUCUUGAUCCGCGAAUUUGUUGACAUCAUCAUGGCAAAUGCUGCAGCUGCAACGAACCAGGCUGCUGUCUCGGUUGGGUUAGAGGACCUGCGCAAAGAGAAUGUAGAUUUCACCCUUCUAGAAGAGGCAUUUGGGCCUUCUUCGUUGGGAAUCAUCGUCGUCAAAGACCUACCUGCAAGAUUCCAUGAGCUGAGACAUAGGCUACUGUCGUACUCCUCAGCUCUUGGGAAUUUGCCCGAAGAGGAACUUUCCAAGCUUGAAUCGCCGGAAUCGAAAUGGCUGGUAGGAUGGUCUUGCGGCAAGGAGACGCUCAAGGAUGGACAAUACGACACUCUGAAAGGAUCAUACUACGUGAACUGUGCAUCUGGCUUUGAGGAGACGCAGGAUUCCGUUGCAGCGAGAUAUCCAUCCUUCUCGGAAUACACGGCACCUAAUGUCUGGCCGUCACAGGAGCUGCUCCCAGGCUUCGAAGCAACAUUCCGAGAGCUGUGUAGCCUGAUCAUCGACAUCGCCGGCUUGGUUGCCCGAGCCUGUGACAAGUACGCCGAAGCCAACAUUGACGAUUACAAGAAAGGCUAUCUUGAACACGUGGUGAAGACGAGUGUGUCGACCAAGGCUCGGUUGCUCCACUACUUUCCCUCGCCGGGGACAGAUACGAGCAGCAAUGGUGGGGUGGCAGGCGAAGACGACUGGUGCGCUACGCAUCUCGAUCACGGGUGUCUCACAGGUUUGACGUCGGCCAUGUUUGUGGAUGAAGCCGCCCACCCGCCACAGAUUGGCAGCUCGUUCGCCCCUCUCCAAGAGCUCGACAAGUCCCCAGACCCCAAGGCUGGCUUGUACAUCCACUCGCGCACUGGCGCCGUGACAAAGGUCGCCAUUCCUCGGGACUGCCUAGCAUUCCAGACAGGUGAGGCGCUGGAGGUGAUCACCAAGGGAAGGUUCAAAGCAGUGCCACAUUUCGUCCGUGGGGCAGGAUCUGGAAUUGGUGGGAAAGUGGCGCGCAACACCUUGGCAGUGUUCACACAGCCGAACCUCUGGGAAUUGGUCGAUGAGAAGCGGGACUUUGCAACGUUCGCAAAGGAGAUAGUCGAGAAGAACCACUAGUUCCAGUGCGGAGAGUAAUAGUUAGUGGUAGUGGAGUGAUAUACAAUAGUACUCCGCAGAGAUGUACAAAAUCAGGGAACAGGAAUGAGUGAUGGCUGAAAAAAAUAAAGCGAUUUGAGUGUUCUGUACUAUGUUCAUGAGCAAUGACGUCGUUGUUUGUAUGGGUC